ACUUUGACAGAACCGCGUCGGUGUCAUUCACUUUUUGUCGGACAGUUUCUCUUCUCCUCUGCGAUAAAAUACUUUGGUGAUGUGGUCUUUUGAGUUUGGAAACAAAAUCAUUAAAUAGCUAUCAUGGGCACAACAGGAUUAUCAAUAACUCUUGCUAACAGCAUCAUUGGCGUGGGAAUUUUGGCUAUGCCAUUCUGUUUUCAACAAUGUGGUGUUUUGCUGGCUACAUUAAUAUUGUUACUGAUGGGAUUGGUGUCAAGACUUUGCUGCUAUUUCUUAUUAAAAUCAGCUCUACUUGCAAGAAGAAGGAACUUUGAGUUUUUGGCAUUCCAUGUUUUUGGUUCAGCUGGUAAAUUUGGAGUGGAAGUUGGUAUAAUUGGAUUUCUGAUGGGCACAUGUAUAGCAUAUUUUGUUGUGGUUGGGGACCUCGGGCCCCAGAUCAUCUCUAAAAUGUUCAACAUCAAUCAAAGCGAUAUGUUAAGAACAUCAAUAAUGGUGAUUGUAUCUCUUGUUUGUGUGUUACCACUGGGCCUGCUCAGGAAUGUGGACAGUUUGAGCAAUGUCAGUGCCGCAACUAUAGGCUUCUACUUUUGCCUUGUAAUGAAGGUUAUAGCGGAAGCUGCGUCAGUACUGCUGGCGGGAGAUUGGCAGUCGCGCGUGGAGAUGUGGCGUCCUGCCGGAGUGCUGCAAUGCGUUCCUAUAUUCUCUAUGGCACUGUUCUGUCAAACACAGUUAUUCGAAAUAUUCGAGUCACUCCCAUCACUGUCAUUGGAAAAGAUGAAUUUGGUUACGAAGAACGCCAUAAAUAUUUGUACAGGUGUCUACUUUACUCUUGGACUGUUUGGCUACAUAGCGUUCAAUACACAAGAAAUAUCAGGCAAUAUCCUGAUGAGCCUCAGUCCCACGAUGUUGAGUGACGUCAUCAAGCUGGGCUUCGUCAUGUCGCUGGCGUUUAGCUUCCCGCUGAUCAUAUUCCCGUGCAGGGCCAGUCUCUACUCACUACUCUACAAAAAGGUGCAUUCCUCUCACCACGACCAUAUAAUCAACCAUUCGAUCCCGGAAGGAUCGUUCCGUCGUAUAACAGUCGGUAUAGUGGCCUGCACCCUCGGGGCAAGCCUCGUGUUGCCCAACAUAGAACUAGUGCUGGGUUUGGUGGGCUCCACUAUAGGCGUUCUAGUAUGCCUGGUGUUUCCUGCUGCGUGUUUCUUGCAUCUUACCUUCAAGAACACCAAUGAGAGGAUUCUGGCGAAGGGAGUAUUGAUACUGGGACUGGUGAUUAUGGUCCUCGGCACAUACGCGAAUCUACAAGCGGCCGAAAAUCAAGUGGACAAGUACGACGAGAAAUACAUCACGAAGGAGCGCAUCGAUAAAAUAGUCGAAGACUUUUUCCAGAAGAUGGAGAAAACCAACGGAGUCAAUCAUAAGCCACCAGACAACGCCAUCAACAAAGAUAUAAAGAAAUUAAAUGGUGAAACGAUUAAGGAAUCGGUUGUGCUUCCUCCAAAUCCUGUGCCACCAGAAUCACAAUCCAAUGAGAAAAAUGAAAACAAAAACAUCAAAGAAACUAAGAUCGCUCCUAGAAUCAAAGAUGUCAUGCCAAACCCAAUAAAAGACACUGUGGAUAAAGUCUCAGAAACACACCCCAAAAAUUUAAACAAACAAAAUGAUGUAAAAGCAGUAAAUGGAGUCGGCGAUAGUAAAGUAAAAGAAAAGAAGGAAAGACAGAACGAUGAGAAAAUAUUAAAGCAAGAUAUUAAACCGCAGUCAAAUGACGAAAAAAACAAUAUGAUCAAGCAGCAACAACUAAUAGAAACCAUUAAACAACACGGCGAAGAGCAAAAAGAACUGAUUAAGGAACAAAAAGAGAUUUUGGACGAAAUAUACAAGACGAAACAGGAAUUACAGAAGAACAAAGACGAAGAAGCACAUGCAGAAGCAAAAAAGAUUGCCGUAGAGAGUAUAAAGAAAAUUGCUAACAUUGCUUUACAAAGUUUAGGCGGUGCUUCUGAAAAACCUGGUCAAGUGGGUGAAAACAAAAUAUCUGACAAUUUCGAGAAACUAGCUAAUGAAGCCGUUCAAGAAAUUGCCCAGAAAGCUGUGGAAUCGAUAGUGGCUAUUAAAGAAACUCAAGAAAAGCCGGAGCAGCCACUGAAACAACCAAACCUACCUGCUUUAUCCAAUAUACAGUCAGUGAAUAAUGAAAAUUCAGCCAUAAAUAAUAAUAACAUCAAUCAAAAGACUCAAGAAAAUAUAGGAAAUCCACCCCCUUCGGUUCCGAUUCAAAAUAACAUUCCUUCUAAUAUCCGUAAUGGAAAUAAUGCUAAUGUUGGCAACUCAGAAGUUGUACAAAAAUACAAUAAGAAUAUUGCUAAUCAACAAGCUUACGUGCAACCAAAUGUACUACAGACAAUUCAAUCUGUUAAUGAACCUAAUAUAAAACAAGUUCCCUUAAAUGUUAAUGAAGUUGUACCAAAUGAUGGUACAGCUGCAAUAAGUAACAAUCAAUUAAUACCAAAUAAUCCACAGGCCUCUGCAAAUAUAGGCCAACCCGCCCCUAAAUCAGAUCAAGUCGCAUCAAAUAUGCCUGCUGCCUUACCUCCAUCAAACAUUAAGGAGCCAUCAAAUAUUGUUAAAAAUGUUGCUCCCGUUAUAAAUCCUGUACCACCUCAAGCCAAUAUAAACUUGGCAAAUAUCGAAACACGAAACGCACAAAAUAACAUACAAUCAAAUCAGCAAGUACAAAAUGAAGCUAAUCAUAAUAAACAACCCGUAGAGAUUCCAAUACCACAAGAGAAAAUUGUCAAAGCACACUCGCAUUCCCCUGACGAACCUCAAUCUUAUAAACUAGGAGAGGACACUGAAAAGAAUAACAAUGUGCCAGCAAAUAACGCAGUAGUCCAAAACGUACCUUUAGCUUUGGCAUUGAAUGGUAACUCACAAACAAAUAAUAACCAACCAAACAUUCCAAACGAUAGCGUUGUUAAAAACAACGCAGAAAACAACAUUCAAGUUGGAGAUCAAAAACUGAAUCCUGCCGUAAGAAGGAAGAGAGAAGUUGUAGAUUGCACAGAGAAAUCUACUUUGAAACCUGAAGACAAGGAAAUUUGUAAAGCUCUCAUAGAUACACCUUCUAUACAAAUAGUAAAUAACAACUAUAAAGAAAUUUUGUCAUCGAAAGUAGAUCUAAUAGAUACGGGUUUGCCUAAGAAUUUACCUUUGCAGUCCAAUAUGUUAUUAUCACACCAUUUGAUAAGAUCUCUUAAAAGCAUUGAAAACAGUAAAAAUAGGUGAAACUCAAAAGUAACUAUAAGCGGUCAAAUACUCAAAUGAUUCCUUAAUCAUAGUUAAUGUUUUCUUAAUAAAAUUUUGGAAAAUUCUUAACCAAGAGGCUAAUUAUAUAUUUAUCCAAACUAAUUAUUUUAUACAAUCUUAUCUAAGAAACAUUUGAAUACUUGGCUGUGCUAAAAAAACAAUUUAAUAACCCAACACUUUCCUAAUGUUUAUACAAAAAAUGGUAUUUAUUUAUUUAAAAUUAUGUUUGUUUGUUAUCACAUGUUAAAUGUUAUAAUCACAAUGUCUUUUAAGGAGUUGAUUAGGUUUUGUGAUCUCAGAAUAUUGUUAAGUAGGUAAACUAUUUUUAAAAUCUAUUUCAGUGAUCCCGGCAUUUGAUUAGCAUGUAAAGCAAAAAUUGUUAAUCAUGUGUACAUUAUAAGCAAAACACGCAUAAAAUUGAAACUUAAAGUGAUGUAAACAAGUGACUGACUAUUAUUAUUAAAUCAAAUAUUUUAAAUAACAAAUUCAUAGUACUUAUUGCCUCAAAGACCCUAAUCAUACACAAACAUUUGCCUAGUAAUGGAUAUUAGUGUAGGGAAGUUGGGACUUGACCCACCCUGCAUGCUCAGGACACAUAGGUGGCUACUAACGACUGUAAUGUUUCAUUCAACCAAUCGCUUUCGUCUGUAACAUUAAUGGUGCUAGUCAAUAGUGCAUUCGGCACAACUUUGAUGCAGCACGGACCAACGGAUGCACGUGCCUUCCAAAACACACAGGGUUUUUUUUCACAUAUCUUGUAUGAUAUGGGCUAUUGCGAAACUCGCCUAACCCGCACGGUCGCAGGGGAAUUUUCUAUGGAGCUUGUUUUAAAUACUCCAAAAGUUGAGACGACAAUAUAAUUAUAUUUAAAAUGUCCUUGGAUUCAACCCUUCUUUAAUCUGAACGCUAAAGAGCAGACGCACGACCCUAAAUAUUGGGCCAAGUAAGCCAUUCUCCUUAAAAUAAGUAUAAUAGAUAAAAUUCUUACGGAUCUAAUUAUACCUCAAUUACGCGUGGGAGAUAAUGACGUAAAUGAGAUAUUAAGUCAUGGAGAAAAAUAACUAAAAGCAUUAACUGUAAAUAAAUACGACAUUAUCUAAAUAUCACAUUUUAUUUUAUAUAAAUGCAACACUUUUAACCCGCUUAAUAUUAUAUAAAGAAAAAGAAAAGAAUAAUUUACAUGUUCAAUUUUCACUACUUUAGUCCUGUCCUGUUUUUUUCGAUCUGUAACAAUGGAGAACUAAGUUAAUGCCAAUUAUUGUUUACCAUAUAUUGACAUAUAAAAACAAGUAGACUCGAUCGAUCACGAUCAAAGUGUCGGAAGCAUAAUUACGCACAUUCGUCUAUUGUGCGUAAUUUUCAAAUGUAGUGUUUGAAAGUUCUCGCCUGCAUACAAUUGACAUUGAACCUUACUGCCACGACAUAAAAUGUUAAUUUGAACACGUGUUAAUGUUAUCUUUAUAAGUUGACGUAGGACGUCACUUUUGGAAACCAUUGGGGUCUACUUGGUUUUAUACGUCAAUGUAGCCAUGUCAUAAAUUAUGAUUAACACAGCUUAAAUUUUCACAUAUAAACUUAUAUUUUUAUUAAAAGCUUUUAUUUACUGACGAUCUCCGUGGCCGAGUGGUUUGUACGCCGGGUUUCAAGGUGUCGCCUACUCGAGAGGUCCCGGGUUCGAAUCCAGGUUGGGGCAGAUGUUUGUGUGAUGAAUACGAGUAUUUGUACUCCAGUCAUGGAUGUUUAAUAUGUAUUUCUAAAUAAAUAUACCUAUAUAGUAGUCGGAGAGCCGGCUGUAUAAAAGUCCUAUAGAUCAGAUACAUGAAUCAUUUUUGGGGUAUGAACAAUAGUAGCCAUAGGUCUAGAGGUUAUUUGAUUUUGCCCGCAUGCAAAAUUAUGACGUCACUUCGGGUUUUUAUUUUAGGUGUUAUUGUAAUUUAUCAAAUAUAUCAAGAAAAUGUAUGUGAAAGGAAUGUUUUUGAUGAGUAGAAUAGAAAUGCCAAGGGUCGACAAGUUCUAUUAUUCGCUACCCUUAAAAAUAUGUUUUUAAUAAUUUAACUUAAGUCAUCGAGUACAUGGAUUUGUUUACGGUUUUCUGAAAUUAGAACUCUCAAAUGACUGAAAAAACAUUAGUCGACACCUUUUAUUUGGCCGGAUCUGUCGACUUAGUUUGAAGAUUUAAAGAGCCUAUGCUUAUUAUAUAUUUCAUCUCUACGUACCUAUGUUGAAAUUAUUUAAUAAUCUGC